AUGGGCUGGGCGGUGGUGGGGCCGGUCGGGGGCACGUGGAGGCAGCCUUUGGGCAUCCUGGACGCUAUCAUGCCAGAGCAGAUGCCACCUCAACCCCACUACGACCGUACUCCGUACGAAGCACUACCUGCAAUUACCCACCCUGUGCGACACAGCAAAGCGACCCAUCGUCAUCCUCGCGCCGGCGCCGGCUGCUGCUCUCUCAGCAACUCGCCCUUGUACGUACGUGCGUCGCUCCCGGGCCCUGAUCAAACGUCUGCAUAUCACUUAUCUCGAUCUCCUUGCGUGCCUGUCGACUCUUCCCCUCUGCCCACCCCUCUCCAACACUCCCAAUUCACACCUCCUCUCCCUCCUUCUCCACUCAUAUCGUCCACUCGGCCCUGGCCCCCUCUGACCCUCGCCUUCCUAGGACCUUCUCUCGAGUUUCUAGCUGCACUCACUCCCCCGUGCCUGCCGUCGUGCCCUGAUUCGCAAUCAUCACGGCUGGGACCGAAGAAGACAAGAAAGAGGCCAGGAUAUCCACCCCCCGGCCACUUACUUCCCGGACCACUAGGUAUCUCUCCCGUACGAUACCAACGAAUCAUUCCUCCCACAUUGCCUCAGCACUCGCCAGAUGUUCACCUCAUGUCCAACCCGUCCCCUCCGCCAGAGCAGACUGCAGCCAGCACACCGGUGAGCCAUGCCCAGGCUGACAGUACAGCGGCCACCGACGCAGGACUACCGGUCAAUCAUGUACCAGUCCUGCCCACGGCCCCAGAGCUCCCGCCCACGUCCCCGUCCCAGCCAGAUGUGCCUGUUGCGUCGCAGGGCGCCCCGUCCGCGCAGACGACCCUCCCAACUCCCAUCGAGGGGGAUCUGAAUAAAAAGUCUCGGCCUGCUGCCCUGCAGCGGCAAUCCGGACCCUCACUCCUAACACAGGCCCUUGCUUCAGCUCGGGGGAUUCCUGCUGCAACACCUCAGACUGGCCCUUCCCAGAGUCCGUCACUGCAACCGUACGACAGCCAGAGCAUCCACCCGAGACACGAUCAAACCAUUAGGCAGAAUCCCGAUACCUCAACAAACCUCACCACCAACGAUGGUCCCUCAACAGGCAACACAAGCGGUUCCAUAACCCCGCGAAGCUCGUCGCGAUCCGUCGCAAUGGCUUCAUCGGCUACCCUUACGACCACCGCUGCCCCCCCUACACUCACUGGAGACGUUCCAAUCCUGCCAACCACGUUCACAUUGCGCAAUACGGACUAUCGAGGGGUGGACAAAGCGCCCAGUUCCCAACGCGUGCCUCAUGGGCCAUUCAACACCCAAUCCACAUCGUCGAACAAGCGCGAGAGCGAUCAUAAGUCUUUCGAGCUACCGAUAAGGACAGGGCCCUUUAACAAUAUCUUGGAUCAUGACACGACCGCAUCCCCAACAGUGCUGGAGCAGCGAUCGGCUACUCAGCCCAGUCUGAAUCAACCUGAUACAAGUCGCGAAUCUCGACAUAGUCGGCCGAGGAAGAUGGAGCCUCGCGUAUCAAUGGGGCCCGAGAAGGCCUGGUCAAUCGGGACUGGAGAUCUGGACAUGCAUCAGGACGGCCAAGUCGAGAAGUCCAUCACGGAGGUGCUGAGCGGCUUAGAGCCUAAUCGUGGUAGCCGUAAGGCGAGUCAUAGCUUGCGUUUCUUCAAGGAAGGUUUGCCCGAGGACAAGAUCAAGAGGAGGGAGACACGGCUUACUCCGUCGCGCGAGAAACUCUCACCGACUGCCGAGGUACCGAUAGACGCAGAUAAAUCCGGAACGAAGGGUAGCACCCAGCACUAUCAAGAUGCCUUUCCGUCUCCGAAAUCUAUCGACGACAAAUAUGCUGAACAACUAUCAGCAGACGACAACUCUGUCAGGUCCCCGCUGCCUGCUCUUGGAGACGUACGUUCGUCGCAUGAUUACUUUGGCGAUGCUGGUAAAGAACUACGGGACCGUGUUCUGACUGGCGAUGCGAGUACCGAGUCCUCGAUUCACAGGAGGGACGAGGACUCGAGGCUCCUGCAUGAGGAAGAGAAUCGGCCACUCGGCGAGGAGAGAGAGCGCCGCAGGUCAAGCGAAGCCACCAAGUCAGAUGAGCACACCGAAGAUGGCGAUGAGUCUGGAGAGGAGAAGAUCUCGUCUGCUGUGUUCUUGCCUCACCAAGGUCUUGAAGAAUCGACGGAACUUGAGCCUGCAAGAUCGAAUGACAUACAGCAUCCGCAGGCUGCUUCCGGAGCGCAUCCCAGAAAGGAGGACUUUCACCCGUGGUUAGUGAAAGCAGACGAGCCCGAGGCAGAUGUGACGAGCCCCGAGGAGGAAAAGUUUGAAGGCGCUCCUCGCCCUGCACAAGAAGGACGUCACAAUCAUACACAUGACACUGCAUACCCUGCCGGGUACAAUGUGUCCUUGGCAGGCGACACAGAAGCCGUAGAGGUAUCUCAUCACGGCGUGGUCCGGCCGCUGUCACAUCAAUACGAAGACCACGUGCAUGACCAUCAACACAGGCAGCCUCUAGAGGCCAUCGAGCUGAUCCCCUAUCGUCACCAAGUGGGUGGGCAUACGACUCUAUGGCGCUUCUCGAAACGAGCUGUAUGUAAGCAGCUCAACAACCGGGAAAAUGAGUUCUACGAGCGGAUAGAGAGGUUCCAUCGUGACUUGCUGGCAUUUCUACCUCGCCAAAUCCCCAGCUAUAUCGGAGUUCUGAAUGUGACAUUCCACAAGCAACCACGUCGCAGGUCAACUGUGAGAAAGGACGAGGGGGCUUCUCACGAGCGAAAACAAAUUGACCAGGAUGCCUUGCGUCAAGUCUUGAAGGCCAAUGGUGCCUCUGCUCAAGAAGGCGUCGCCAAGAGCGAGGCGCCGAGAGAGGCAGCGUCAGCCCACACCAGAGUAAUCAGCCAAUCGAUGCAGUCGGCUUCUAACCAGGUACCUACUGUCACCUUUGUGGACAACCAGCAUAUUCUCCCGCGGAACUUAUUACAGCCAACUUCUCUCUCGCCCCGCGGCUCCCCAAAAUCCCUGGCACAGCGCCGUGAGGUUCCGAUCGAGAUACCGCCCGAGAAGAAUAUUAACCCGCUUCUCGCUCGUCCAUCCCUUGAGGACCGCCAUGCUAAUAGCUGGGGAGCCACCACUGUGAACAAGAAGCUUCGAAACGAAGUUUUCAAUGAUGCUUUUCUGAAGCAACCCAUCGCGAUCCAGAGGCAUCAUAAUAAAGCCAACAGGCGGGCAAUCCCGCGCAAAACUUUACAACAAAUCCUCCGACAGUCAAACUCCGACCCCAACCUUGUGUCCAGCCCCAUGAGACUUGGGGACGACCACAGCCAUGGCAGUUCCACAAGGCCAGAGUCUCCUUCGGAUACUGCAGAGGAAUCCCAGCGCAUGUCUAUCGAUCUCCCACGGCCAUCACAUCGGGGAACGAACGGUAGCAACGAGCCAAAGGAUGUGACAGGGACUAGUGCUCCAGAACCAGAUAUACUCUCUGAGCAACCGCCUUCACAGAGAAAGAAGCGUCGCUAUUCGGGCACGGUGCUCCGUAGAAAACCCAAGGAUGUUUCUGAAUCUCGUGGGGAUCUUCAUGUUUUCGAAGAGCCCGAUGAUGCUGGUUGCAAGGCCGACCAUGAAGACGAAGGAGCUACUACCCAUCUUGAGAACGGUUCUGCAAAGGAAGAAUUUUCGAGAACACCCACAAGAUCUCACCACGGGCAGGAUGUCGACUUCGCAAUGGGAGGAUCAACAUACCCAUCUACCGUGACCUCGCGAGCCACAAGCCCAACCGCCGAAUUCCACAAGAUCCCGCGACCCAUCAAUCCCAAGGAGGCGCAGACACAGAGGGAUUCACGGCGCGAGUACUUUUUGCUUCUAGAAGAUCUCACUGCAGGCAUGAAACGCCCCUGCAUCAUGGAUCUGAAGAUGGGAACACGGCAGUAUGGCGUCGACGCCAAUCCCAAAAAGCAGAAGUCUCAGCAGCGCAAAUGUGCGGAGACUACCUCGCGCGAGCUUGGCGUCCGUGUCUGUGGGCUGCAAGUCUGGGAUAUCCCGACUCAGAGUUACGUCUUCAAAGACAAGUAUUAUGGACGGGACAUCAAGGCAGGCCAGGAAUUCCAGGAUGCGCUGACUCGCUUCCUGUACGAUGGAGCGGACCCGUCGAGCAUUCUGCGCCACAUACCCACCGUGUUGAACAAGCUCAGCCAACUUGAGGUGAUCAUCAGCCGUCUCAAGGGGUACCGGUUCUACGCUGCUAGCCUGCUCAUGUUCUACGACGGCGACCAGUCGGAUGAAGGCAAUGACAAUGCUAUUGAGGAUUCCACGACGGACUUUGCAACUGACACAGAGGAGCAUCGUGACCAGAGAAGGCGUCGCAACAAGCGGGAAAUCGACUUCAAGAUGGCAGACUUUGCCAACAGCGUCAUGGCCGGAGACCUCACGGGUGGCAAGCCCUGCCCUCCCCAGCAUCCCAACGAGCCGGAUCAUGGCUUCCUCAGAGGUCUGCGAAGCCUCCGGAGGUAUUUCCUCAAGAUCCAGAGAGACACCCGUGUUCAGAUGGACCUCGCCAUCCCGUUCCGGGAGAACGGGUCUGACAUCGACCUUAGAAAUAUCGAUGACGAGAGUGCAGUGAGCGAAUGA